AUGACUUCCAGUCAGCCACGCGAUUCCGUUAUUCCGCCCCCUCCGCGGUUGAAGAAGUCGUUUCUGUCCAGACUCAAGUCGCCCUUGUCCUCCAAAUCGCGCAACUUCACCGAUUUCCACAUCCAGUCUGAUGACCCACAUCGCCAGUAUACCCCGGGAGACAUAAUAAGUGGGACAGUUGUAAUCAAAGUCGUUAAGCCGCUUAGGAUAACCCAUCUUGUUGUGUCUCUGCAUGGAUAUGCACAAGUGUUCAAGAAUCCAAAUGCUCCCGGAGAUGGAUACAAAACCUACAGCGCAACCGUUGGAUCUGGCGAGGGUAAGAGAUCAGGCAGCUACUUUGGCAACGGUUUUGCGUCACUCUUUGAAGAUGAAGUAGUGUUAUGUGGGGAGGGUCGGUUGUCUGAGGGCGUAUAUCAUUUCAAUUUUGAGCUGGAGUUUCCCUCGAAAGGUUUACCCAGCAGCAUCGACUUCGAACGCGGCACGGUCGCAUACAUGUUGACAGCUACACUGACCCGCCCUACUGCCAUUUCGCCUACAUCAUCUUGCGACUCGAAAGUUCAAUUUACGGACACGGUUGAUAUUGCUCCCAUACCAGAACCGAAACAACGAGUUAUCUCUUUGGAACCAAUUUCAAAACGAAGUCGAGCAAAGUCAAGUCGCAAACGACCGACUACGGCUGUACCGAAUGAACCGCCUCAGACGUCCAAUGGUACCGAGGCCUCGCAAAAUAGGCCUGUAUCAAGGGCCGAUGCACCUUCAGAAGAAAACAGGGGUCCUCGGAGUCCAUCACCCAGUGAUGUGAGCUUCGAAAGCCAAAUGAGUAGCAGCAAUGCGUCUGGAACGGAAUAUGGAGUUCGCACGGUCAACACCAACGACGGAUUGUCAGUUGCUAAUGGCAGCCGAGCAACCUCGAAAGGAAAAACAAUCACGGCAACAAUCGAUGUUCUCAAAGGCGGUUUUCUGAGAGGCGACCAAGUAACAGUCAGGAUCAAAGUUGACCACACCAAGCACAUAAGAAGUUUAAAAGGCAUCAUCGUCACACUUUACCGACAGGCAAGGGUGGACAUGCAUCCAGCGUUGCCUGUUGCAUCCAACGGCAAGAAUGAUAAGGUAAAGUCGGAAGAUUACUACCCAAAGUCAAGGACAGGCCUCGGUGGCUUGUCUCUGUCUUCAGCUGGGUCAAGUCAUCUAUUUCGGAAAGAUCUCUGCCAAUCGUUUGCGCCGCUCUUCAUCGAUCCACGGACGCUUACUGCGGAGGUUAAGUGUUCGGUACGAGUGCCAGACGAGGCCUUUCCUACAAUAUCGAACGUUCCUGGCGCGAUGAUAUCAUUCAACUACUACAUCGAGGUUGUUAUAGACAUUCAAGGUAAGCUUGUAGGCCUUGAUCGAAUGAUCACAAACGCAGGAAUCGUCAACGUAUCGUCUGGGCCUGUUGGCGCUUCGGGCACGGCUCGGGACGACACUGCGAACAAUAUGUUCUCCACAUGGGGAGGAAAUUUUGUUGAUACGGAUCAGAUCCGACGCGAGAAGGGAGUAAUAUCCAGUCUGUUCGAAGUCAUCAUCGGUACCAAAGACAGCGAUCGGAACGGGAAAAAGAAACAAGCGCAAAAGCCGAUUGCAGAGGAACCAAGCAACGUUCAUGAACCUGAAGGAUACGAUCAGGAUUAUUAUGGAUACGAUGAAAACGGCCAGUACUAUGAUUAUGACUACGACCCUGCAUACUAUGACAUCCCUGGAUACGAUCACAACGAAUCAAGAGCGGCCACUGCCUACAAUGCUCCAUCAGGCCCUGCAGGUGGAGAGCAAGGCCUGUCGGAGAAGGAGCACUUACGGCGUGCAGAAGCAAGUUUAUUACCCUCCCAACCUCCAGAAACCGCUGGACCAUCAUCGCCAUCUGUUGGAGUUCGACACGAUGUACCCGCCUCUGCUCCGUUACUACCAGAAGACGACGACCCAAAUCCACCGUACUUCCCACCAGAGUCCUCAUCCUCAGCACUCGCCCAUCCACCUCCGCCCUUCCGUUCCACAACUUCUCCCGCGUCGUCCCCCUACAUGACAACCGUUCCGUCAACACGGCAACGCGCAACCGACGACGAGUUGAGAACAACAACCACGAAUUCCUCGACUACCAUAAAUGACUACCCCCGCCCAUCUCAACCCCAAUUAUCUCGUACGACCAGUGCAUCGAAGCCUCUCCCUCCCUUGCCUCCACAAUCCCCCUCGGCUGCCCCGGAAUACUUCUCCUCCCCAUCCCUGCAUGUCCAGCCGACAGACGAUAAACAGGAGCUCCAGCGGCGACGCCUGAAGAUGGAGGCCAGCGCCCCACCAGACGACCACGACGAUGAAGGCGAGUCUUCUCGCGCACCUGCGCAGCGCAUACAAGUCCCCUCCGCGCCGAUUCUUGACGAAGAUGACGAAGGGCUAGUGGACGGUAUGCCUGGAAGGCGUGCACGCAUAUCACCAGACGAUAGGAGGAAAAGCGAGGCGUUGCCCGAGUACCAGCGGUAA